CCCGUUGAUCUCACUGACAAACUUCUGGAAACAUCAUGACCACCGCUGACGAGCUGCUGGACCAGAUCUUCUCCUGGAUCGAACAGAGGAGGCGCUGUGCGGACCAGCUGAUCAAACUGGCCGUGGAGCUAGAGUCCCUCACGCAGAAAUGUAAAGGUGGUGAAUGUGUGGGCAGCUCGGUGGCUGUGGUGGGGGCUGCGUGUGUGAUGGGCGCAGGCAUCACUUUCCUCACUGGCGGAGCAGCUGCUCCAUUUUUAGGUUUGUUAGGAUCAACAUAUUUAGGAGCAGGUGCCAUCAUCUCUAUAACAGCUAAACUCAUCGAGCACUUCAUGUCCAGCGACACCAUGAAAGAUGCAAAGAAAAUUGAAGAGAACAGCAACAAAUGUGCAAGAAACAUUCAGCAACUGUUCGAGAAACUAAAGGCUGAAAAGACGGCAGCGAACAGAUUCCCCAAUCCGGACGAUGUGGACAGACACAUUCUGACUGACAUUCUGAGAGCUGUGGCGAGACGAAGUGGAGUGAGGACGAAGAUCGACUUCAGAAUGGUCGGCGACGAGCCGUAUUUGUCUUUUGGUGGAGGGCCACAAAACCUGGCGUGUGAUCCCAUGUUAGGCCACGGCAUCGGCCACAGCCUCCCUAUAAUGGUGACAGCCGCUGGAUUUUUAACAAUUUUCACGCUCCGCGCCAGUGGGAAGAAAUGUAACUUUUUGUUUGCUAAAGGAGCUCAGCAGCUGAUCAAGGAAAUAUCUGUGACUGGAAUGAAAACAGUGCUCAAAGGAGGCAGCAUGGUUGUGGGAGGAGCCAUUGGAAUGGCAUUUGCACUUCCUGAGGCAAUCGACAACUGGACAGACCUGAUCAAGAACAAUAACGUGACUGAAGCUAGCCAAUCCCUGCGAGACACAGCCAAGGCGAUCAAAAAGAUGACGCGGACCCUGAGUGAUCAGUUUGAAGAUAUGAAGCGGAUGCUUGAGGAGAUGGAAAAAGAACAACGUGAGCACAAGGAAACUUUAGCCAAAGUUAAGCGCAGCAUUGAAAACCCAGAGAGAAGCUUUGAAGAGAAGCAAAUAUUAUUAAUGUUUGCCAUGAAAACAUGCCAGAAUGAACAGGUGCGACAAUGGCUGAGAUGGAAUUCAGGGUCGGAGACUUUCUUCAAACUUGUGGAUUUGUUUAAGUUAAUGCAAAAAGAAAUCAUGCAGAAGUCAGAUGAGGACGAGUCUGAUGAUGAAGACGACGAGAGUGAAGUGGACAUCAUCUUUGUGGCUCACGGAUCGAUCAGAGACUCCAAGAUUCCAGCUUCCUGUCUGCUGCCUCUGUCCAACAUCAAGGACGUGCUCCUGUAUUCUCCCUGGAACUGUCUCCUCGCUGCUCCGGCAGCGUACGACAUCGCUACGGGACUCAUACAACCUAAUCACAGAAAGUUUUUAUGUAAUACAAAAAGUGGCUGUGAAAUUCCUCAUGAAAGACACGUGCCCGGGAAACUGCCAGAUGACUGGAACUCAAUGAAGGAAGCAGACCAGAUUCCCAACAUCAUGGUCAGUACUCUCAGGGUUCCACAAGAUGGUGCAUGGAGGGCUGUAGUCCGUCUCACAGAAGAAUAUGGUAAACCAGGGAGAGGCCGUGUUGUCAUCCCGUUCAUCCUCCCUGGUCUGACAGUGAGAAUCCCGUUCUACAUCGUCACCUGGGUCAUGUCUCUGGUGCUGUCUUUCUUCCAGAUCCAAGCCACUGUUCAUCUCGCUGCCUGUCUGGGCGAUAAGUCUACAAAGAAGUUUUCCAGAGGGUUCCUGGAGGAACAGUACUCCUACACUAUUGACAACAGCGCGAUGACAUCAGCAGCAGCCAGGGUUCCCAUCAGACACGUACAGCUGUACAGGAACUUUCAGGCCAUGUUUGAUUAGACAGACAACUUUAAAAAACACCAAGUUAGAAAAAAGAUUGAAUUUUAAUUUAUCCAGUGGAUUUUCAUCUUGAUUUUUUUUUUAGAGAUUCCAAGUUUUGUUCCAGCAAAAGAUUCUUCCAUGCCUCAACAAACAAUCCAAUUUAAAUCUGAAAGAUGGCUGCCCGGAAUCGUGUUCAAGAGUUAUGGACAUUAAAAAACAUAUUUACUGGGAUCUAACACUGAUGUGGAGGAGUCAGGACAUCUCCCACAGCAGGUCCUUGGAUCAAUGGACGGACCUCAGUCAAAUUAACACAACAGCCAACACUAGAAUCACCUCCACCAACCAAGAUCUUUUUUCAAGACUCAUGAGGUCACUGUGACCGUUGACCACUGAGACUCAUCAGUUCACCUGAGUCUAAAUGUAUAUUUGUACCAAUCUGAAAGGACCUUCUUGUGGUGGUCAUUAGAUCUCCUGCCAAAGAAUCCAGUAAAAAAUAAAAAAACUGUGCCAUGUACACAAUGUAAUCUGAUUACUCUCUGGGACGCAGAGAGUACUGAUGUACGUUUGCUUCCAAGCUGAACUGGCCCUUUGUUGUUAACGCAACCUCUGAAGCAGCUGAACUAUCAGACAUGAUGCAUUACUGCCCGAUGAAGAGAUGAGGAAGACGUGUUCAUCACCUUUUCACAUCUGGCGCCAACAGAAUGAAAAGUGUCAGAGCAGCAACACUGUUCAUACUCUGAUCCAUCAACGAUCACUUAUAUUGUAAUACAUUUAAUAAUGAUCAAUUAUCUAUCAUGACAUCAUUGAUUCCUCACGAUGAUUACUAAUCUUAUUGGCUGCACACGUUAAAGCAGUGCUACAUUAUGACAUCAUGAUGAAUUGAUUACCACAAAUUGACGUCUUCUUACACCCAAACAUUUACGUUCUGAUUAAAUCAUUUAUUCAGUGUCUGAGACAUGUUAGCAUUUGAACCCAUGAGAUGUGUUUCCUGUUUUCAGUUGCUGUGAUUUGCUAAAAUGAAUAAAGUGUUUUUAAAGCUGAAAUGAGAAGUUACCUUUGUCACCACAGAUCCUGCUACCGGGUCCACGCUACCGGAGCAACAUCUGGAGCAGCAUCUGGCCAACGACAAACACAGUGAUGACGUCAACAAGCAACACAGAUUCAAAGCCGAGUUCAUCAAUCAUGUUCGUGUUGAUGUUGUGGUUCAGUUUUAUUGAUUUUCAUUCGAAAGAAAAACAAAACACAAAUAAACAUUACAGUUGUGACCUUUGACCUCUGACACAAACAUUAAAAACAAGACGUUCAGUGUCUCAAAGCUUCAAAAUGAACAGAUGAUAAAAACUGUAGUGUCCAGACAUCACAAACAUCAGCGGAUCGACAGGAAGUGAUGUCACAUGAGAGGAACAGGCCAAGGCUCAUCACAUGGUUCAUUAGAGGUCAAAGGUUAUAGGUGAUCAGGUGCAGUAAAAACGUCCGUCGUCGACUCUCCUUCUCUUACGACUCUGCUGCUGCUCAAAGAACAGACGGAUGUCAUCAGGGGUCACGACCUAUCAGAGAACAGUCACAUGACAUCAGAGGUCACGACCUAUCAGAGAACAGUCACAUGACAUCAG